AUGAGCAAUGCACAAGACAAUGACACUCUCUUUGCCAAAGACAACCACCCACUUACAGCUGAAUUAUUAGCAGAGCAGAAUGAACUCUAUUCCAGCAAAUUAGAACUCAAACCUAAUGCAAUUCGGGCCUGGGCAGCAGAUUUACCCCAAGUGCCAGACAGCGUUCAACCCAUAUUGACCACCUCUCGUGUAUUUGAAAUGGAGCCUAUCCAACUCGACGAUGAUGACACAACCGCAUUUGAUAACGACGAGCCUCGUAUUCAAGAAACUAAGGAUGUAUUCUCGGAAACUCAAAAGAUCGCUUAUGUCAGUCUAUGUUAUCUCACUAGUUUAGAAGUUGUAUAUGAUUUUCAGGGUAAAGACUUCACCUAUGCCAGAAUGAGUGCUGAUAAUUGGCAGAGAAAAUUAAUGCGAAUGAUAUUCUCCCACAUGGACAUCUCGAGCGAUGAAAUCAAAAUGGUCGAAUCGUUAUCCAAGCAUGAAAUUCUACCCACAGAUUUAGUGCACCAAUUCACUUCUCAAGGUGACACGGCCGAAGUUCAAUUAAAAUCCUCCAGCGAUAAAAUCACCAUCGACCUUUGUUGGACCGUCAUGUGCGACUUAUUUCUCAUCUGUCUCAGCACAGAGAAUUAUGACGCUCGUUCCAGAGUCUUUGUGGCACGCAUUGCUUCUUAUCUUUCGUUGGAUUGGUUCCAAGUCAUUGGUUUCGAAAAGAGAAUCGCUCAACAUUUGUUACAGGACAGCGCCUGGGAGACAGAAACUGUAACUAGUGUUGCCACCACCAUGACUACCAUGACCAUGACCAAUGUCGACGCACAAGGAUUUGUCAAGAACGAUUCAGAACGUCACAGUCGCAAUAAACAACGUAAAAAGAAACGUUAUGUCAUGAUUGGCUUGGCAACCAUCGGUGGCGGCUUGAUUCUGGGUUUAAGUGCCGGUUUAAUGGCGCCUGUGAUCGCCGGUGGAAUUGGUGCCAUCUUAACUACGGUGGGUGUAACAGGUACCGGAGGCUUUUUGGGGGGUACCGCCGGUAUUGCUUUAAUUACGGGUGGUGCCACCGUGGCAGGCGGAAGAAUUGGAGGAAAAAGUAUGAAUCGACGAAUGAAGACCAUCAAUACAUUUGAAUUUCUCCCAGUUCAUGUAGAUGAAAAUGUUAACUGCAUAAUCAGUAUCACUGGAUGGUUACCAAAUACUGAAAAAGAUGAAGCAUCAUUACCAUUCAGUACACUCGAUCAUUUAAUGGGAGAUCAUUAUACGCUUUACUGGGAACCCGAGAUGCUGGAAGAAUUAGGCAGCGCGUUUCGAAUCUUUGCCACAGAGGCCGUGACAUUCUCGAUCCAACAAGCGUUAGCGCACACGAUUAUGGGCGCCCUUUUAGCAGGACUGGCCUUCCCACUGGCCUUAACAAAAUUAGGUUACAUGGUGGAUAAUCCUUGGGCCAAUGCCUUGGACCGAUCUCGAUUAGCAGGACUGAUCUUAGCCGACGCCCUGAUGAACCGAAACUUGGGAGCGCGACCUAUCACACUAGUAGGGUACUCUUUAGGAGCACGCGUGAUUUUCUUUUGCUUGUUAGAGUUGGCUCGAAUGAAGGCAUUUGGGCUGGUUGAAAACGUGGCAUUGUUUGGUACACCCGUCAGUGGAUCUAAGGCUGAAUGGAAUGAAUGUACCACGAUUGUCUCGGGUCGAUUUGUCAAUGGUUAUGCUACCAAUGAUUGGCUUUUGGGUUUCUUGUUCAGAACUUCCACAGCGGGACUGGGAAACAUUGCGGGACUUAGACCAUUGUCGCACAUUGAAGGAAAUCGCGUGCAGAAUUUAGAUUGUACGGAUUUGGUGACGGGUCAUUUGAGUUACAGAUCGACCAUGCCCAAGUUAUUAAAACGUGCUGGAUUUGUUGUAACAUCAGAAGAGUUACCCGUCAAGGAAAAAGAAGAGGAAACCGUGAUAGAUACAGGCAUCAUUGCAGGAGACAUCAAGAAUAAACAUUUGGAUGCAGCAUCACUAAGGAAAAGAAAUUCACAAUCUUCACUUUCCUCAGGAAAGGCAUCUAUCCAACUUUCAAAAUCACCCGUUCAGGAGGAUCCAGGUUUGGGAGAAACCACACCCGAACGCACCUUGUCUUCCUCCACGGGUGGACCCAAUACACCGGGCAAUGAUACACCGCGUUCUUCCGACGACGACAGCAAUAAAAAACAUAAUAUACCCACAUCGUCUGAUUUUGAUAUGAUUGCAGAUAUUAUUGCUAACGCAACGGCUGCAGCAUCAUCAAAAUCGGCCUAUAGUUCACUGUCUUUAGGAAGAGCAUCUAUUGCAUCCACAGGGAUAGACUCCACUGCUUCUACACCCACAUUGUCCAAUCGACGCUCCACACUCAAUAGUUUUUUUAGUAGCGGUAGUGUUACCGCCAGUCGAUCCAAAUCAGAAACGACCGCAAUGAUGCAACAACAGGAGACGAGACCUCGUUCCAUGUUUCAUUCUUCCUCCAUCUUUGGUAAAAAGAGGUCUCAGACAGAAGAAGAAAAGGAGUUGAAGGAGGCGGGCGUGAGCGUCAAAGAGAUUAAGAGCACCUUGGGCAAAUUAGUUGUACCAAGAGAAAUUGCAAAUCCCAUGCCGCUUGUUAAAUUAGAAGCACCUCAGCAUGCUAAGUUGAAUAGAUAG